AUGGAUUCAACACCAAAACCCCGUGUCGCUGUGCUUUACCAAGGCCUUGAUCCUCCUGUCAUCAAUGGCAUUCGAAAGCCAAAGAAACCCGGAGGUUAUCUUGAUUCAGGUGCCGAUAUCGCUUACACGUUGAGCCAGUCUCCUGAUAUUGAGAUUGUCUGCCCCGGCAAUGAUCUGAAACCAGAAGACCAAGCUGGAUGGUCUUUCCCUGACACCGAAGAUGGAAUCAUGGCAGCAAUCGAAAAGGGCGCUACUUACCUAUGGGCCAAUACCAUUCUCUUCGCAGCGCAUCCUCUCCAAACCUCUGCACGCAUCGCUGAGCAUCAGGAUCGCAUCAGGGUCGUCUGCCAGGGUCCUUUGAUUGUCGAAAGGUACGAUGACAAGGAAUUCGUCAAUGAUCUACUCCGCAACAUUGGCGGCUUCACAAUGCCGCGCUCAUGGACCAUCAAUGAGAGCCCCAAUGUCGAACAAGACAUUCAACAACUUAACCUCCCGUUCCCAGUGGUAGCAAAGCCAAUCCGAGGUCGUGGUAGUCACGGCGUGCGCGUCUGUCACGAUUCUCAAGAGCUUGCUGAUCACGCCCGAUCACUGUUCAAAGAGUCGCCAGCUAUCAUGCUGGAAGAGUUUCUAUCAGGCGAGGAGGCGACGGUUACUGUGAUGCCACCUGGUCCUGGCAGAGACAACUACUGGGCAUUGCCAGUUGUUACCCGGUUCAAUCAUGUCGACGGCGUUGCACCGUACAAUGGAACUGUCGCCGUCACCGCAAACUCGCGAGCCAUUACAGCUGACGAGGGCAAUGAGCCGACGUACCAGCAGGUAGCAGCGGAGUGCGAGAGGGCGGCCCGAGAGCUCGGGGUAACUGCUCCGAUCCGAAUCGAUGUCCGAAGAUUCAAAGACUCGGCCGACUCCAAGUUUGCCUUGUUUGACGUGAAUAUGAAGCCGAACAUGACAGGGCCUGGCCGGCCGGGUCGCGAAGAUCAAGCCAGUUUGACCCUGCUUGGCGGUGCAGCAUUGGGCUGGGACUACCAAGAACUUCUAAGGCGCAUCCUGAGCACUUCCUCAACAUUGAGAACUCUCCGAGGCUUGAAACCACGAGAAAUGGUGUAA